UGAAAUUGUGAUAAUGUUCCCCUUUAACAUGACACUGAUGAGGAACUUGGAUUGGAAACACUGAGCUGCAUAACAGGAUGUUGGGUAAGAGUCUGGAACAUUCCCGUUUCUGCCGCUUUGUGCAUAGCAACAAGUAUAGUUGGCCAAUUAAAUGGUGGGGCAGAGGUCACAUGGACAAUAACCACUGUAUUGUCGAGAAUAAUGUGAUGUGUUGUAUCACCAUAGCAACGAGGAAGGUGGUUGGCUGAGAAGCGUAACCACCCCAAAACAGAGGGUAUAUAGGAAUGUUGACUUCGCUAUUAUACGGGAUUCCGUACUUCUACGUCGCAUCCAAUGGACCACAGAGAAGACCUCUGAUCUGCUUGGACUGAAAGAACUUUUCCAGCUCUCCAAACAGAACCUGAUUCGACGAACAAGAGACUUUUCUCCAUUUCUGAGAUAACGGCAAAAGAGGAACAAAACUUCCUGUCCACCCGAGGAACCAGGGCGUUGGCCGCUCAGGCCUCGGCUCGCGGCCGCCACCACUUCUCCUUUAGCGCUCCCCUCUUCUGCUGACGCAGACGAAGCCUGGAUGUGAUCGCCGGGCCCGGUGAUCCAUCUGGCUUCCUCCAAAUUUGCAAUAGACCCACUUUUUGGACACUUUUAGCCUUUUUCCCUUUUUGGAAAGCUCGUUUCGUUUCGUUUAGGGGUACUUUUGGGGUUUUGUCUCGUUUUUCCAUCUUCCCCUUUUUGUUUUUUUUUGUGGAUUUCCGGGUUUUAUUUUAUGAUUUUUCCCCUUUUUCGGGCUAGUCUGUUUUUCGGGUUUUAUUUGAUACUUUCUCCCCUUUUUUGGGACCUUGCGGUUUUCGGUUUACCGACUUUAGUUUUGAAUCUUUCCGAUUUAUGGGAACCGAUUCGAGCAUUCCUCUUUUUGGGAACAUCCCCCGAAGAACCUGGCACAGUAAGACCCAUUUGAACUUCUACUAAAACUGAUAUAGAGACACAUUGAUUAGCCAUUUAUUACAUCAUUGCAAUGAUUUUAGUUAUUUUCUUUAGUUAUUGAUGAUUAUUGGGAAUGAUUUAUUGACGCUUUGCAACGCUUACGCUAUCGAACCUGCAAUAAAAGGCAUCAUAUAAAGAAAGAAGAAUUCAUGCCCCUUUGUACCACCUCGUCCUUGAUGUAAUACAGCAGGGUUUGUACGUGUCCAACACCUAGCUCUGAAGGGUCACUCUGACGUAGUCCACUUACAAUAUGUCCUGUAAGGGUUUUUCCUUAUCCGAGCCCCCGAAUUUAACCUAGUCAGUAACAAGAGCCAACAUUCAUUAGAGGCGAGCUACCCAUAAACGGCGGGAUCUGUGAUUUAGACCCGGUCUUACGAGAUAGGCUUCUCUGCUGGGUAGACCACGGAAGGAAGAGGGACAGAACCCGAACCACCAGAACCACCACAGGGUAGUAGAACUAGGCUAAUUGCCCUCGCCAUCCAGCGGAGUAGAGCCUGCUGGAUGGACGCAAGGAAGCUCGGAAGCAAAAAAGAGAGGUAAGGAAACAAACAAUGAAGACAGGAAGGAAGGAAGGAAAAAAGAAUGUAAGGAAGGAUAGAAAAAGAGAAGGUGGAAGAAAGCAAGGAGGAAUGGAAAGAAGGAACAACGCAAGAAAGGAAGGAAAGUAAGAAAGAAAAUAGGUAGGUAGGUUAGGAUGCAAGGAUGGAAGGAAAGUAAGGCGUAAUCAAGGAUAGAAGGAAACAAAGGAAGGAAGCAAGGAAACAAAGAUUGGGAGAAAGGGAAGGAAGGAAGGAAUAUAGGAAGAAAAAAUGGAUGAAUAAAAAGUAAGAAGGAAGGUAAGAAAAAAGAAUAGAAGGAGCAAGCCAGGAAGAGAGGUAGGAAUUAACAAAGGAAGGAAGAGAAGAAGGAAGGAAGGAAGGAAAGAAGAAUGUAAGAAAGUUUGGAAAAAAAACAAAGCUGGAAGGAAGCAAGGAGGAAUGGAAAGAAGGAACACAGCAAGAAAGGAAGGAAAUUAAGAAAGAAAAUAGGAAGCAAGGAAGGAUGUUAGGAUGCAAGGAUGGACGCAAGGAAGAAAAGAAAGGUGGAAUCAAGGAUAGAAUAAAACAAUGAAGGAAAGAAGGAAUCAAGGAAGGUAGGCUGGGAAAAAGGAAGGAAGGAAGAAGCAAGGAAGAUAGGUAGGAAUUAACAAUGGAAGGAAGAAAAGAAGGAGGGAAAGAAAGAAGGAAAGAAGAAUGGAAGGAAGGAUAGAAAAAGAAACGCUGGCAGAAAGCAAGGAGGAAUGGAAAGAAGGAACAAAGCAAGAAAGGAAGGAAAGCAAGAAAGAAAAUAGGUAGGUAGGUUAGGAUGCAAGGAUGGAAGGAAAGUAAGGCGUAAUCAAGGAUAGAAGGAAACAAAGGAAGGAAGCAAGGAAACAAAGAUUGGGAGAAAGGGAAGGAAGGAAGGAAUAUAGGAAGAAAAAACGGAUGAAUAGAAAGUAAGAAGGAAGGUAAGAAAGAAGAAUAGAAGGAGGAAGCCAGGAAGAGAGGUAGGAAUUAACGAAGGAAGGAAGGAAGAAAGGAAAGAAAAAUGGAAGGAAAUAUGGAAAAACAAAAGCUGGGAGAAAGCAAGGAGGAAUGGAAAGAAGGAACAAAGCAAGAAAGGAAGGAAAGUAAGAAAAAUAAAGGAAGCAAGGAAGAAAGUUAGGAUGUGAGGAAGGAAAGAAAGGUGGAAUCAAGGAUAGAAGAAAACAAUGAAGGAAGGAAAGAAGGAAGCAAGGCUGGGAAAAAAGGAAAUAAUUUAGGAAGCAAGAAUGGAUGAACAGAAAGUAAGGAGGAAGCAAGGAAGAGAGGUAGGAAUUAAUGAUGAAAGAAGGAAGGAAGGAAGGAAGGAAGGAACGAAGAAUGUAAGGAAGUUUGGAAAAGACAAAGCUGGAAGGAAGCAAGGAGGAAUGGAAAGAAGGAACACAGCAAGAAAGGAAGGAAAUUAAGAAAGAAAAUAGGAAGCAAGGAAGGAUGUUAGGAUGCAAGGAAGAAAAAAGUGGAAUCAAGGAUAUAAGAAAACAAUGAAGGAAGGAAAGAAGGAAGCAAGGCCGGGAAAAAAGGAAGGAAUGUAGGAAGCAAGAACGGAUGAACAGAAAGUAAGAAAGAAGGAGGAAGCAAGGGAGAGAGGUAGGAAUUAACGAUGAACGAAAGAAAAGAAGGAAGGAAGGAAGGAAAGCAGGAAGGAAGGAAGGAAAGAAGAAUGUAAGGAAGUUUGGAAAAAACAAAGCUGGAAGGAAGCAAGGAAGCAAGGAGGAAUGGAAAGAAGGAACAAAGCAAGAAAGGAAGGAAAAGAAGAAAGAAAAUAGGUAGGUAGGUUAGGAUGCAAGGAUGGAAGGAAAGAAAGGCAUAAUCAAGGAUAGAAGAAAACAAAGGAAGGAGGCAAGGAAACAAAGAUUGGGAGAAAGGGAAGGAAGGAAGGAAUAUAGGAAGAAAAAACGGAUGAAUAGAAAGUAAGAAGGAAGGUAAGAAAGAAGAAUAGAAGGAGGAAGCCAGGAGGAGAGGUAGGAAUUAACGAAGGAAGGAAGGAAGAAAGGAAAGAAAAAUGGAAGGAAAUAUGGAAAAAGAAAAGCUGGGAGAAAGCAAGGAAGAAUGAAAAGAAGGAAAACAGCAAGAAAGGAAGGAAAGUAAGAAAAAAAAAGGAAGCAAGGAAGGAAGUUAGGAUGCAAGGAAGGAAAGAAAGGGGGAAUCAAGGAUAGAAGAAAACAAUGAAGGAAGGAAAGAAGGAAGCAAGGCUGGGAAAAAAGGAAAAAAUGUAGGAAGCAAGAAUGGAUGAACAGAAAGUAAGAAAGAAGGAGGAAGCAAGGAAGAGAGGUAGGAAUUAAUGAUGAAAGAAGGAAAGAAGGAAGGAAGGAACUAAGAAUGUAAGGAAGUUUGGAAAAGACAAAGCUGGAAGGAAGCAAGGAGGAAUGGAAAGAAGGAACACAGCAAGAAAGGAAGGAAAUUAAGAAAGAAAAUAGGAAGCAAGGAAGGAUGUUAGGAUGCAAGGAAGAAAAAAUUGGAAUCAAGGAUAGAAGAAAACAAUGAAGGAAGGAAAGAAGGAAGCAAGGCCGGGAAAAAAGGAAGGAAUGUAGGAAGCAAGAACGGAUGAACAGAAAGUAAGAAAGAAGGAGGAAGCAAGGGAGAGAGGUAGGAAUUAACGAUGAACGAAAGAAAAGAAGGAAGGAAGGAAGGAAAGAAGAAUGUAAGGAAGUUUGGAAAAAACAAAGCUGGAAGGAAGCAAGGAGGAAUGGAAAGAAGGAACAAAGCAAGAAAGGAAGGAAAGUAAGAAAGAAAAUACGUAGGAAGGUUAGGAUGCAAGGAUGGAAGGAAAGUAAGGCGUAAUCAAGGAUAGAAGAAAACAAAGGAAGGAAGCAAGGAAACAAAGAUUGGGAGAAAGGGAAGGAAGGAAGGAAUAUAGGAAGAAAAAAUGGAUGAAUAAAAAGUAAGAAGGAAGGUAAGAAAAAAGAAUAGAAGGAGCAAGCCAGGAAGAGAGGUAGGAAUUAACAAAGGAAGGAAGAGAAGAAGGAAGGAAGGAAGGAAGGAAGGAAGGAAAGAAGAAUGUAAGAAAGUUUGGAAAAAAAACAAAGCUGGAAGGAAGCAAGGAGGAAUGGAAAGAAGGAACAAAGCAAGAAAGGAGGGAAAGUAAGAAAGAAAAUACGUAGGUAGGUUAGGAUGCAAGGAUGGAAGGAAAGUAAGGCGUAAUCAAGGAUAGAAGAAAACAAAGGAAGGAAGCAAGGAAACAAAGAUUGGGAGAAAGGGAAGGAAGGAAGGAAUAUAGGAAGAAAAAAUGGAUGAAUAAAAAGUAAGAAGGAAGGUAAGAAAAAAGAAUAGAAGGAGCAAGCCAGGAAGAGAGGUAGGAAUUAACAAAGGAAGGAAGAGAAGAAGGAAGGAAGGAAGGAAGGAAGGAAGGAAAGAAGAAUGUAAGAAAGUUUGGAAAAAAAACAAAGCUGGAAGGAAGCAAGGAGGAAUGGAAAGAAGGAACACAGCAAGAAAGGAAGGAAAUUAAGAAAGAAAAUAGGAAGCAAGGAAGGAUGUUAGGAUGCAAGGAAGAAAAGAAAGGUGGAAUCAAGGAUAGAAUAAAACAAUGAAGGAAAGAAGGAAUCAAGGAAGGUAGGCUGGGAAAAAGGAAGGAAGGAAGGAAGAAGCAAGGAAGAUAGGUAGGAAUUAACAAUGGAAGGAAGAAAAGAAGGAGGGAAAGAAAGAAGGAAAGAAGAAUGGAAGGAAGGAUAGAAAAAGAAACGCUGGCAGAAAGCAAGGAGGAAUGGAAAGAAGGAACAAAGCAAGAAAGGAAGGAAAGUAAGGCGUAAUCAAGGAUAGAAGGAAACAAAGGAAGGAAGCAAGGAAACAAAGAUUGGGAGAAAGGGAAGUAAGGAAGGAAUAUAGGAAGAAAAAAUGGAUGAAUAAAAAGUAAGAAGGAAGGUAAGAAAGAAGAAUAGAAGGAGCAAGCCAGGAAAAGAGGUAGGAAUUAACGAAGGAAGGAAGAGAAGAAGGAAGGAAGGAAGGAAAGAAGAAUGUAAGAAAGUUUGGAAAAAAAAACAAAGCUGGAAGGAAGCAAGGAGGAAUGGAAAGAAGGAACACAGCAAGAAAGGAAGGAAAUUAAGAAAGAAAAUAGGAAGCAAGGAAGGAUGUUAGGAUGGAAGGAUGGACACAAGGAAGAAAAGAAAGGUGGAAUCAAGGAUAGAAUAAAACAAUGAAGGAAAGAAGGAAUCAAGGAAGGUAGGCUGGGAAAAAGGAAGGAAGGAAGGAAGGAAGAAGCAAGGAAGAUAGGUAGGAAUUAACAAUGGAAGGAAGAAAAGAAGGAGGGAAAGAAAGAAGGAAAGAAGAAUGGAAGGAAGGAUAGAAAAAGAAACGCUGGCAGAAAGCAAGGAGGAAUGGAAAGAAGGAACAAAGCAAGAAAGGAAGGAAAGUAAGAAAGAAAAUAGGUAGGUAGGUUAGGAUGCAAGGAUGGAAGGAAAGUAAGGUGUAAUCAAGGAUAGAAGAAAACAAAGGAAGGAAGCAAGGAAACAAAGAUUGGGAGAAAGGGAAGGAAGGAAGGAAUAUAGGAAGAAAAAACGGAUGAAUAGAAAGUAAGAAGGAAGGUAACAAAGAAGAAUAGAAGGAGGAAGCCAGGAAGAGAGGUAGGAAUUAACGAAGGAAGGAAGGAAGAAAGGAAAGAAAAAUGGAAGGAAAUAUGGAAAAACAAAAGCUGGGAGAAAGCAAGGAGGAAUGGAAAGAAGGCACAAAGCAAGAAAGGAAGGAAAGUAAGAAAAAUAAAGGAAGCAAGGAAGAAAGUUAGGAUGCAAGGAUGGAUGCGAGGAAGGAAAGAAAGGUGGAAUCAAGGAUAGAAGAAAACAAUGAAGGAAGGAAAGAAGGAAGCAAGGCUGGGAAAAAAGGAAGGAAUGUAGGAAGCAAGAACGGAGGGAACAGAAAGUAAGGAGGAAGCAGGUAGGAAUUAACGAUGAAAGGAAGGAAAGAAGGAAGGAAGGAAAGAAGAAUGUAAGGAAGUUUGGAAAAAACUACGCUGGAAGGAAGCAAGGAAGCAAGGAGGAAUGGAAAGAAGGAACACAGCAAGAAAGGAAGGAAAUUAAGAAAGAAAAUAGGAAGCAAGGAAGGAUGUUAGGAUGCAAGGAUGGACGCAAGGAAUAAAAGAAAGGUGGAAACAAGGAUAAAAGAAAACAAUGAAGGAAAGAAGGAAUCAAGGAAGGUAGAAUGGGAAAAAGGAAGGAAGGAAGGAAGAAGCAAGGAAGAUAGGUAGGAAUUAACAAUGGAAGGAAGAAAAGAAGGAGGGAAAGAAAGAAGGAAAGAAGAAUGGAAGGAAGGAUAGAAAAAGAAAAGCUGGCAGAAAGCAAGGAGGAAUGGAAAGAAGGAACAACGCAAGAAAGGAAGGAAAGUAAGAAAGAAAAUAGGUAGGUAGGUUAGGAUGCAAGGAUGGAAGGAAAGUAAGGCGUAAUCAAGGAUAGAAGAAAACAAAGGAAGGAAAUGAAGGAAGCAAGGAAACAAAGAUUGGGAGAAAGGGAAGGAAGGAAGGAAUAUAGGAAGAAAAAACGGAUGAAUAGAAAGUAAGAAGGAAGGUAAGAAAGAAGAAUAGAAGGAGGAAGCCAGGAGGAGAGGUAGGAAUUAACGAAGGAAGGAAGGAAGCAAGGAAAGAAAAAUGGAAGGAAAUAUGGAAAAAGAAAAGCUGGGAGAAAGCAAAGAGGAAUGGAAAGAAGGAACAAAGCAAGAAAGGAAGGAAAGUAAGAAAAAAAGGGAGCAAGGAAGGAAGUUAGGAUGCAAGGAUGGAUGCAAGGAAGGAAAGAAAGGUGGAAUCAAGGAUAGAAGAAAACAAUGAAGGAAGGAAAGAAGGAAGCAAGGCUGGGAAAAAAGGAAAUAAUUUAGGAAGCAAGAAUGGAUGAACAGAAAGUAAGAAAGAAGGAGGAAGCAAGGAAGAGAGGUAGGAAUUAAUGAUGAAAGAAGGAAAGAAGGAAGGAAGGAACUAAGAAUGUAAGGAAGUUUGGAAAAGACAAAGCUGGAAGGAAGCAAGGAGGAAUGGAAAGAAGGAACACAGCAAGAAAGGAAGGAAAUUAAGAAAGAAAAUAGGAAGCAAGGAAGGAUGUUAGGAUGCAAGGAAGAAAAAAUUGGAAUCAAGGAUAGAAGAAAACAGUGAAGGAAGGAAAGAAGGAAGCAAGGCCGGGAAAAAAGGAAGGAAUGUAGGAAGCAAGAACGGAUGAACAGAAAGUAAGAAAGAAGGAGGAAGCAAGGGAGAGAGGUAGGAAUUAACGAUGAACGAAAGAAAAGAAGGAAGGAAGGAAGGAAAGCAGGAAGGAAGGAAGGAAAGAAGAAUGUAAGGAAGUUUGGAAAAAACAAAGCUGGAAGGAAGCAAGGAAGCAAGGAGGAAUGUAAAGAAGGAACAAAGCAAGAGAGGAAGGAAAGUAAGAAAGAAAAUAGGUAGGUAGGUUAGGAUGCAAGGAUGGAAGGAAAGUAAGGUGUAAUCAAGGAUAGAAGAAAACAAAGGAAGGAAGCAAGGAAACAAAGAUUGGGAGAAAGGGAAGGAAGGAAGGAAUAUAGGAAGAAAAAACGGAUGAAUAGAAAGUAAGAAGGAAGGUAAGAAAGAAGAAUAGAAGGAGGAAGCCAGGAUGAGAGGUAGGAAUUAACGAAGGAAGGAAGGAAGAAAGGAAAGAAAAAUGGAAGGAAAUAUGGAAAAAGAAAAGCUGGGAGAAAGCAAGGAAGAAUGAAAAGAAGGAAAACAGCAAGAAAGGAAGGAAAGUAAGAAAAAAAAAGGAAGCAAGGAAGGAAGUUAGGAUGCAAGGAACGAAAGAAAGGGGGAAUCAAGGAUAGAAGAAAACAAUGAAGGAAGGAAAGAAGGAAGCAAGGCUGGGAAAAAAGGAAAGAAUGUAGGAAGCAAGAAUGGAUGAACAGAAAGUAAGGAGGAAGCAAGGAAGAGAGGUAGGAAUUAAUGAUGAAAGAAGGAAGGAAGGAAGGAAGGAACGAAGAAUGUAAGGAAGUUUGGAAAAGACAAAGCUGGAAGGAAGCAAGGAGGAAUGGAAAGAAGGAACACAGCAAGAAAGGAAGGAAAUUAAGAAAGAAAAUAGGAAGCAAGGAAGGAUGUUAGGAUGCAAGGAAGAAAAGAAAAGUGGAAUCAAGGAUAGAAGAAAACAAUGAAGGAAGGAAAGAAGGAAGCAAGGCUGGGAAAAAAGGAAGGAAUCUAGGAAGCAAGAACGGAUGAACAGAGAGUAAGAAAGAAGGAGGAAGCAAGGAAGGGAGGUAGGAAUUAACGAUGAAAGAAAGAAAAGAAGGAAGGAAGGAAGGAAGGAAGGAAAGAAGAAUGUAAGGAAGUUUGGAAAAAACAAAGCUGGAAGGAAGCAAGGAGGAAUGGAAAGAAGGAACAAAGCAAGAAAGGAAGGAAAAGAAGAAAGAAAAUAGGUAGGUAGGUUAGGAUGCAAGGAUGGAAAGAAAGUAAGGCGUAAUCAAGGAUAGAAGAAAACAAAGGAAGGAAGCAAGGAAACAAAGAUUGGGAGAAAGGGAAGGAAGGAAGGAAGGAAUAUAGGAAGAAAAAACGGAUGAAUAGAAAGUAAGAAGGAAGGUAAGAAAGAAGAAUAUAAGGAGGAAGCCAGGAAGAGAGGUAGGAAUUAACAAAGGAAGGAAGAAAAGAAGGAAGGAAGGAAGCAAGGAAAGAAAAAUGGAAGGAAAUAUGGAAAAAGAAAAGCUGGGAAGAAUGGAAAGAAGGAACAAAGCAAGAAAGGAAGGAAAGUACAGUAAGAAAAAAAAGGAAGCAAGGAAGGAAGUUAGGAUGCAAGGAUGGACGCAAAGAAGGAAAGAAAGGUGGAAUCAAUGAUAGAAGAAAACAAUGAAGGAAGGAAAGAAGGAAGCAAGGCUGGGAAAAAAGGAAGGAAUGUAGGAAGCAAGAACGGAUGAACAGAAAGUAAGAAAGAAGGAGGGAGCAAGGAAGAGAGGUAGGAAUUAACGAUGAAAGGAAGAAAAGAAGGAAGGAAGGAAGGAAAGAAGGAAGGAAGGAAGGAAAGAAGAAUGUAAGGAAGUUUGGAAGAAACAAAGCUGGAAGGAAGCAAUGAAGCAAGGAGGAAUGGAAAGAAGGAAAACAGCAAGAAAAGAAGGAAAUUAAGAAAGAAAAUAGGAAGCAAGGAACGAUGUUAGGAUGCAAGGAUGGAGGCAAGGAAAAAAGAAAGGUGGAAUCAAGGAUAGAAGAAAACAAUGAAGGAAGGAAAGAAGGAAGCAAAGCCGGGAAAAAGGGAAGGAAUGUAGGAAGCAGGAACGGAUGAACAGAAAGUAAGAAAGAAGGAGGAAGCAAGGAAGAGAGGUAGGAAUUAACGAUGAAAGGAAGAAAAGAAGGAAAGAGGAAUGUAAGGAAGUUUGGAAAAACAAACCUGGAAGGAAGCAAGGAGGAAUGGAAAGAAGGAACACAGCAAUAAAGGAAGGAAAUUAAGAAAGAAAAUAGGAAGCAAGGAAGGAUGUUAGGAUGCAAGGAUGGAUGCAAGGAAAAAAGAAAGGUGGAAUCAAGGAUAGAAGAAAACAAUGAAAGAAAGAAGGAAUCAAGGAAGGUAGGCUGGGAAAAAGGAAGGAAGGAAGGAAAGAAGGAAGGAAGGAAGAAGCAAGGAAGAUGGGUAGGAAUUAACAAUGGAAGGAAGAAAAGAAGGAAGGAAAGAAAGAAGGAAAGAAGAAUGGAAGGAAGGAUAGAAAAAGAAAAGCUAGCAGAAAGCAAGGAGGAAUGGAAAGAAGGAACAAAGCAAGAAAGAAAAGAAAGUAAGAAAGAAAAUAGGAGGCAAGGAAAGAAGUCAGGAUGCAAGGAAGGUGGAUUUAAGGAUAGAAGAAAACAAUGAAGGAAGGAAAGAAGGAAGCAAGGAGGCAAGGCUGGGAAAAAAGGAAGGAAGGAAGGAAUGUAGGAAGCAAGAACGGAUGAAUAGAAAGUAAGAAGGAAGGAAGAAGCAAGGAAGAGAGUUAGGAAUUAACGAUGGAAGGAAGGAAGAAAGGCAGGAAGGAAGAAGCAAGGAAGAUAGGUAGGAAUUAACGAUGGAAGGAAGAAAAGAAGGAAGGAAAGAAAGAGGGAAAGAAGAAUGGAAGGAAUGAUAGAAAAAAGAAUAGCUGUCAGAAAGCAAUGAGGAAUGGAAAGAAGGAACAAAGCAAGAAAGAAAAGAAAGUAAGAAAGAAAAUAGGAAGCAAGGAAAGAAGUUAGGAUGCAAGGAAGGUGGAUUUAGGGAUAGAAGAAAACAAUGAAGGAAGGAAGCAAGGAGGCAAGGCUGGGAAAAAAGGAAGGUAGGAAUGUAGGAAGCAAGAACGGAUGAACAGAAAUUAAGAAGGAAGGAGGAAGCAAGGAAGAGAGUUAGGAAUUAACAAUGGAAAGAAGAAAGGAAGGAAGGCAGGAAGAAAGGAAGGAAGGAAGAAAGAAUAAAGAAAAGCUAGAGAAAGCAAGGAGGAAUGGAAAGAAGGAACUUAGCAAGAAAGAAAGGAAAGUAAGAAAGAAAAUAGGAAGCCAGGAAGGAAGUUAGGAUGCAAGAAAGGAAAGAAAGGUGGAAUCAAGGAUAGAAGAAAACAAUGAAGGAAUGAAAUAAGGACGCAAGGAAGCAAGGCUGGGAAAAAGGAAAUAAAGAAGAAAGCAAUGAAAGAAGGAAGGAUGUAAAAAAGGAAGGAAGGAAGUUAGGAUGCAAGGAUGGAAAGAAAGGUGGAAUCAAGGGUAGAAGACAACAAUGAAGGAAGUAACGAAAGAAGCAAGGAAGGAAGACUGACAAAAAAAAGGAAGGAAGGAAGGAAUGUAGGAAGCAAGAAUGGAUGAAUAGAAAGUAAGAAGGAAGGAAUGAAGGAAGGAAGGAAGGAAGGAAAGAAGAAUGGAAGGAAGGAUGGAAAAAUAAAAGCUGGAAGAAAGCAAGAAAGCAAGGAGGAAUGGAAAGUAGGAACAUAGCAAGAAAGAAAGGAAAGUAAGAAAGAAAAUAGGAAGCCAGGAAGAAAGUUAGGAUGCAAAGAAGGAAAGAAAGAUGGAAUCAAGGAUAGAAGAAAACAAUGAAGGAAGGAAAGAAGGACACAAGGAAGCAAGGCUGGAAAAAAAGGAAAUAAGGAAGAAAGCAAUGAAAGAAGGACGGAUGUAAAGAGGGAAGGUAAGGAGGUGUGUGGAAGGAAGGAAGGAAGUUAGGAUGCAAGGAUGGAAAGAAAGGUGGAAUCAAGGGUAGAAGACAACAACGAAGGAAGGAAAGAAGGAAGGCUGAUAAAACAAGGAAGGAAGGAAGGAAGGAAUGUAGGAAGCAAGAACAGAUGAAUAGAAAGUAAGAAGGAAGGAAGGAAAGAAGAAUGGAAGGAAGGAUAGAAAGAUAAAAGCUGGAAGAAAGCAAGAAAGCAGGGAGGAAUGGAAAGAGGCAACAAAGCAAUUAAGAAAGGAAAGUAAGAAAGAAAAUAGGAAGCCAGGAAGGAAGUUAGGAUGCAAGGAAGGAAAGAAAGGUGGAAUCAAGGAUAGAAGAAAAUGAAGGAAGGAAAGAAGGAUGCAAGGAAGCAAGGCUGGGAAAAAGGAAAUAAGGAAGAAAGUAAUGAAAGAAGGAAGGAUGUAAAGAAGGAAGAUAAAGAGGUGUGUGGAAGGAAGGAAGGAAGUUAGGAUGCAAGGAUGGAAAGAAAGGUGGAAUUAAGGAUAGAAGAAAACAAUGAAGGAAGGAAAGAAGGACGCGAGGAAGGAAGGCUGACAAAAAAGGAAGGAAGGAAGGAAGGAAGGAAUGUAGGAAGCAAGAAUGAAUGAAUAGAAAGUAAGAAGGAAGGACGGAAGGAAGGAAGGAAUUAAUGAUGGAAGGAAGAAAAGAAGGAAAGAUGGAAAAAGAAAAGCUGGAAGGAAGCAAGGAGGAAUGGAAAGAAGGAACAAACCAAGAAAAGAAAGGAAAAUAAGAAAGAAAAUAGGAAUCAAGGAAGGAUGUUAGGAUGCAAUGACGGACGCAAGGAAGGAAAGAAAGGUGGAAUCAAGGAUAGAAGAAAACAAUGAAGGAAAGAGGGAAUCAAGGAAGGUAGGCUGGGAAAAAGGAAGGAAGGAAGAAAGCAAUGAAGGAAGGAAGGAAGGAAGGAAGGAAGGUAGAAAGGAAGAAAGAAAUGAAGGAAGGAAGGAAGGAAGGAAGGUAGAAAGGAAGGAAGGAAGGAAGGAAGGUAGAAAGGAAGAAAGAAAUGAAGGAAGGAAGGAAGGAAGGAAGGUAGAAAGGAAGGAAGGAAGAAAGAAAUGAAGGAAGGAAGGAAGGAAGGAAGGUAGAAAGGAAGGAAGGAAGGUAAGAAGGAAGGAAGGUGUGUAACAUGCAUUAGUUAGUUUCUUCUUCAUCAGUGAUGUCAUCAUGAAGAAGAAGAUUGCAGUCACAUGACCUCCAUGAGCUUGUGUUCGUGCUCGUUGUUGACGCGCCCCAGCAGCUGCGCCUUCCGCCGGUUGAGAGCGUCGAUGAGGGCGUCGCACUGCGCCACCAGACAGGCCUCGAACUCCACGCCGUUCUCCUGCAAGAUCCACAACACCCAUGAUGCUUUGUGUGGAAGUGCGGGGGCGUGCGACACGGCGCCGCUCGCACCUGGAUGUGCUGCACCGUGUUCCUCAGCUCCACCAGGAACUCCUUGGCCUCGCUGGCUCGAUCGGAGAGUCCGUUGAGCGCCUGGGACAGCUGACCCUGGAGGAGAGACAACGUGUUAGACCUUGGACCUGGGAAACAAACCACCACAACAUCUGUGUCCUGGCUACUCAGCACAACAUGGGUGACCAGGUGACCUACUCAGUGGCCCAGUGGGUAGAGUGUCCGCCCUGGGAUGGGUAAGUCGUGAGUUCAAACCCGGUAUUUUGUGGGUUUGGCACUGAAUGGAGAUGUGGACAUGCGGAGUAAGUACUCUUCAUUCUCUAGCGGGUGACUUUUCAAAUGAUGCUACAUAUUAGCAGUCAUGCUACUUUUUGUAGCAACGUGACGAAUUACGGUUGUCUGUUCGACAUAUUUAAGGCUGCCAUGGAUGAAGUGCUGGCUGUCCAGGGUCGGGACCCGGGGUGGACCACAUGCCGGUGCGUCAGUUGGGGACAUCUCUGCACUGAUGACCUGUCUCCACUCAGGAUGGUCUCCUGUUGGCCCCACUAUGGACUGGACUUUCACUAUUGUGUUGGAUCCACUAUGGACUGGACUCUCACUAUUAUGUUGGAUCCACUAUGGACUUAUGCUGGACUCUCACACUUAUGUUAGAUCCACUAUGGACUGGACUCUCACUAUUAUGUUAGAUCCACUAUGGACUGGACUCUCACUAUUAUGUUAGAUCCACUAUGGACUGGACUCUCACUAUUAUGUUAGAUCCACUAUGGACUGGACUCUCACUAUUGUGUUAGAUCCACUAUGGACUGGACUCUCACUAUUAUAUUAGAUCCACUAUGGACUGGACUCUCACUAUUAUGUUAGAUCCACUAUGGACUGGACUCUCACUAUUAUGUUAGAUCCACUAUGGACUGGACUCUCACUAUUAUGUUAGAUCCACUAUGGACUGGACUCUCACUAUUAUGUUAGAUCCACUAUGGACUGGACUCUCACUAUUAUGUUAGAUCCACUAUGGACUGGACUUUCACUAUUCUGUUAGAUCCACUAUGGACUGGACUUUCACUAUUAUGUUGGAUCCACUAUGGACUGGACUCUCACUAUUAUGUUAGAUCCACUAUGGACUGGACUCUCACUAUUAUUUUAGAUCCACUAUGGACUGGACUCUCACUAUUAUGUUAGAUCCACUAUGGACUGGACUCUCACUAUUAUGUUAGAUCCACUAUGGACUGGACUCUCACUCUUAUGUUAGAUCCACUAUGGACUGGACUUUCACUAUUCUGUUAGAUCCACUAUGGACUGGACUUUCACUAUUAUGUUAGAUCCACUAUGGACUGGACUUUCACUAUUCUGUUAGAUCCACUAUGGACUGGACUUUCACUAUUAUGUUAGAUCCACUAUGGACUGGACUCUCACUAUUAUGUUAGAUCCACUAUGGACUGGACUCUCACUAUUAUUUUAGAUCCACUAUGGACUGGACUCUCACUCUUAUGUUAGAUCCACUAUGGACUGGACUCUCACACUAUUAUGUUAGAUCCACUAUGGACUGGACUCUCACUAUUAUGUUAGAUCCACUAUGGACUGGACUCUCACUAUUAUGUUAGAUCCACUAUGGACUGGACUCCCACACUAUUAUGUUAGAUCCACUAUGGACUGGACUCUCACUAUUAUGUUAGAUCCACUAUGGACUGGACUCUCACUAUUAUGUUAGAUCCACUAUGGACUGGACUCCCACACUAUUAUGUUAGAUCCACUAUGGACUGGACUCUCACUAUUAUGUUAGAUCCACUAUGGACUGGACUCUCACUACUUUGUUAGAUCCACUAUGGACUGGACUCUCACUAUUAUGUUAGAUCCACUAUGGACUGGACUCUCACUAUUAUGUUAGAUCCACUAUGGACUGGACUCUCACAAUAUUAUGGUUAUGACAUCAUUAAAGUCCGUUAGUGUGUAAAGUUUAAAACUAAGACAUCCAGUCACAGGAAUUUAGUGAAAGUCUUUUAAAAUGUGAGUCCUGGGCAAACAAUAAAAGUUGAGGUUUCAAGUCUUUGCUCAGCUGUCGCCUUCCACGCUGCCGUCUGUGGAAUAUCAGCGGCAGCUGUCAUGCUGCUCCCAAACGUCGUAGGUCAAAGGUGAACCCCUCACGGACACAAGGCCUAUUUGAGUGGCGAAUAUGGCACACGAGAGACAAGACGAUACAAAAUGGCACACGAGAGACAAGACGAUACAGUAUGGCACACGAGAGACAAGACGAUACAAUAUGGCACACGAGAGACAAAACGAUACAGUACGGCACACGAGAGACAAGACGAUACAAUAUGGCCCACGAGAGACAAGACGAUACAGUAUGGCACACGAGAGACAAGACGAUACCGUAUGGUACACGAGAGACAAGACGAUACAAUAUGGCACACGAGAGACAAGACGAUACAAUAUGGCACACGAGAGACAAGACGAUACAGUAUGGCACACGAGAGACAAGACGAUACAAAAUGGCACAGGAGAGACAAGACGAUACCGUAUGGCACACAGGAGACAGGACGAUACAAUAUGAUACACGAGAGACAAGACGAUACAAUAUGGCACACGAGAGACAAGACGAUACCGUAUGGCACACGAGAGACAAGACGAUACAAUAUGGCACACGAGAGGCAAGACGAUACAAUAUGGCACACGAGAGACAAGACGAUACCGUAUGGCACACGAGAGACAAGACGAUACAAUAUGGCACACGAGAGACAAGACGAUACAGUAUGGCACACGAGAGACAAGACGAUACAAAAUGGCACAGGAGAGACAAGACGAUACCGUAUGGCACACAGGAGACAGGACGAUACAAUAUGAUACACGAGAGACAAGACGAUACAAUAUGGCACACGAGAGACAAGACGAUACCGUAUGGCACACGAGAGACAAGACGAUACAAUAUGGCACACGAGAGGCAAGACGAUACAAUAUGGCACAGGAGAGACAAGACGAUACAAUAUGGCACACGAGAGACAAGAGGAUACAAUAUAGCACACGAGAGACAAGACGAUACAGUAUGGCACACGAGAGACAAGGCGAUACAAAAUGUCACACGAGAGACAAGACGAUACAAUAUGGCACACGAGAGACAAGACGAUACAAUAUCAUUCUGUUGUAUCAUUGUUUAUACAUUGUGUGUUAACGGAAAACUUUUUAGUAUCAAACCCUUAAUGAGGAAGCUGGGAAGCACACGGACAAGAGCGGGAAUAACGAAGCUAAGCGAGUGGAAUAUUAUUAUUGCACAGUUGAAUAUAUGUAUAUUAUAUUUAUAUUACUCUCAUGUGAUAAUGCUGUAUAAUAGACUGUAUUUAUAUUAUUCACAUGUGAAUAAUGUUGUAUAAUAGACUUUAUUUAUAUUAUUCACAUGUAAAUAAUGCUGUAUAAUAGACUUUAUUUAUAUUAUUCACAUGUGAAUAAUGCUGUAUAACAGACUUUAUUUAUAUUAUUCACAUGUAAAUAAUGCUGUAUAAUAGACUUUAUUUAUAUUAUUCACAUGUAAAUAAUGCUGUAUAACAGACUUUAUUUAUGUUAUUCACAUGUGAAUAAUGCUGUAUA